AUGGAAGCUCAAUCUGGUCAGUCGAAUAAAAGCUAUGGACAACAAAACCGAGAUUAUAAUGGAGAUUGGAGAUACAGAGGCCGUGGAGGUGGACGUUUCUACUGUAGAGGAAGAGGUAGAGGAAGAUAUUAUGGAGGAAAAGACACACGAGAUGCAUCUAAAAUCACAUGUUUUAGAUGUGACAAAGUAGGUCACUUCGUUGCAUCAUGUCCAGAGCUUAAACUUAAACUACAAGAAGCACAAGAGGACAACACUGAGACACAGGAAGCCGACGAUGGAGAUGGUAAAGUAUUGUAUCGUGGGCUUUUGUUUAAAUCUCGUGAUGUUUGGGCUUCGGCCCUGGGCUUGGCCCAUCUAUCAAUAAAAACAAUUUGGGGAAAAAAAAAAAAAAAAAAAAAAAGAAGAAUACAAUACAUUCCUACCGACCUAACCAUAGAGAUACUCUCAAGGCUGCCUGAGAAAUCUAUUGCUAGGUUUAGUUUUGUGUCCAAGCUUUGGUUAUCAAUCACCACCGACCCAUUUUUCCCACGGCCGCGCCUUGUACUCUGUUUCCAAAACUAUUACGACUUGUAUGUUUCCUCUAUUCCACAGCACACUCAGAACUCCAACAGGUCCUACUCUUCUUCUCUGUCUAUUGAUUAUCAUCAUUCGAUGAAACUCCCAGUAGAUUUUAUCCACUACCCAUCUACGGAAUCUGUCCAUGGCGUGAUCUGCUUUGAAUUAAAAAAGCCCAUAGUAUGGAACCCUAGCACGAGAAAGUUCAUAACUUUACCAACUAUACCAAGGCCCUGUAAGGACUGGAGAAAGAUAACACUGCUGUUAGGGUAUGAUCCCGUUGAAUGUAAACACAAAGUAGUGUGCAUUCCAUAUAAAAGGAUUUGUUACGUGUGCCGAAUUUUUACACUUGGAUCAGCUCAGGAAUCAUGGAGAACGAUCAAAGUUAACCAUAAGCAUCAUUCUGGCAUGCAUGCAUAUGGGCGAUGCAUCGAGGGUGUGAUAUAUUAUAUAUCAUAUAAUCGUCAUCAGAGCCGUGGUUAUGUUGUAAUGAGCUUCGAUGUCGGAUCUGAAAAUUUCGAUAUGAUAAAACUACCUUCGGAAUUUUAUGGGGACAAGCUGAUAAUAUAUAAGGGAAGGUUGGCUUAUUUUAGUGAAAUAAUUCAUAGAGAAAAAUAUAGAAUCAAUCAUAGAAUAUUAUGGAUUUUUUUUUUUUUUUACUCAACUUCAACUUUGCAUUAACCAAUUCGUGGUAACGAGAUUACAACCUCACAAGAUUU